AUGAUUGGGAAUCCGGGAAUUCAAUUUCCGUCAUCACUAAUGCCAUCGUCUUCCAUGAUUGCUUGCCCUCGAGUUUCUCCCAAUGGGCUUCCUUAUCUCCCACCUAAACCUAGAAUUAGGCAUUUAGUGGUCAGAGCUGCAUCCAAUUCCGACGUCGGACAUACGCAACCAUUGUCCGGUGAAGGGAAGAAUCCGCUUACGGUUGUUUUGGAUGUGCCGAGGAAUAUAUGGAGACAGACUUUGAAACCAUUGAGUGAUUUUGGGUUUGGUAAGAGAAGUGUUUGGGAAGGUGGGGUUGGUUUGUUUAUUGUCUCUGGUGCUACACUUCUUGCUCUUAGCUGGGCUUGGUUACGAGGGUUUCAAAUGCGGUCCAAGUUUAGAAAAUAUCAGACUGUGUUUGAGCUUAGUCAAGCAUCAGGGAUUUGUACGGGAACACCGGUUAGGAUCCGUGGUGUGACUGUUGGAACGGUGAUCCGUGUUAAUCCUUCAUUGAGGAACAUCGAAGCUGUUGCCGAGAUUGAAGAUGAUAAGAUUAUUAUCCCUAAGAAUUCGCUAGUAGAGGUGAACCAGUCUGGUCUUUUAAUGGAGACGUUGAUCGACAUCACACCGAGGAAUCCAAUACCGGAACCUUCAGUAGGGCCUCUGCAUCCGGAAUGUGGUAAAGAAGGUCUGAUUGUUUGUGAUAGGCAGAAGAUAAAGGGAGAGCAAGGAGUAAGUUUAGAUGCACUGGUUGGAAUAUUUACUCGUAUUGGACGCGAAGUAGAGGAAAUUGGUGUUGCCAAUACAUAUGCGCUUGCUGAGCGAGCGGCUUCUGUUAUUGAAGAAGCAAAACCAUUGCUCAGAAAGAUUCAAGCCAUGGCUGAAGAUGCUCAACCUUUGCUCUCUGAGUUUCGUGAAAGCGGCUUGCUCAAGGAAGUUGAGUGUCUUACUCGAAGCCUGACCCAAGCUUCUGACGAUAUGAGGAAGGUUCAUUCGUCGAUUAUGACACCUGAGAAUACAGAACUAAUCCAGAAGUCAAUCUACACUCUGGUUUACACAUUGAAGAACGUCGAGAGUAUAAGCUCAGAUAUUCUGGGAUUCACAGGCGAUGAAGCCACAAGAAAAAACCUUAAACUACUCAUCAAAUCCCUGAGCAGGCUAUUAUGA